AUGCGCACUGGUGAUGGCGAAAAUGGACCCGUCAAUAUCAACACUACCUCCUUUAGCAUCGCAGUGUUCUCUACCAACGAAGGAACUGCCGAGGAUGAGCCUUUCUACUGGCAGUAUCACUACACUGCUCCUGAUUAUAAGAACAGUCUCAACAGGCCUCGGAAUGUCACCAAAGACAGUAUAUACCGUAUCGGUGGCCUGACUGAGGUUUUUACUGUUUGGAGUCUCCUCAUAACCUCGGGUGAUGGCAUCCUCAAUGACGCUGUCACUAAGUACCUCCCUGAGCUCUCCAAUGAUUCAUCGACGCAAUCAUCUAUUCGUCAAACUAGAUGGAACGACAUUACUGUCGGUCAACUUGCCAGUCAUAUGGGCGGAAUCUCCCGUGAUUAUUGCUCUAACGACUUGAUAUCUGAAGCGGCUAUAUCCAAGGAUGGACUCCCAAAGCACUCGGAUUUUGAACGGUCUUGCUGCAGCUCCGACUCGAAAUGCAGUCAACAGAAAUUUCUCCAACAAUUGUCUAAGCAGGCUCCUAUUGUCAAUCCUGGUCAAACUCCUGUAUAUUCGAACAUGGCAUUUCAGCUUCUCGGGUACAUCAUCGAGCGAUGCACCGGUCAUAGUUUCAAGAGUGUCCUCAGGCAGCAGAUUCUCGACCCUCUUGAGCUGAACGAAACAUCUGUAUUCGCCCCCCUAAACACCCAGAAUGCGGUCAUUCCUGCCAACCAGAACGCAAGUGGCUGGUCGGCCCAUCUCCCCAGAACUGAAGCAUCGACAUCCAUGUUCAGCAGUCUAGCUAACCUCGCCCGUGCUGGCCAGGCUAUCAUGGACUCCGCUCUUCUUACUACAGCUCAAACAAACCGCUGGCUAAAGCCUGCCACUCACACCGCGAACCCUGCCAACUCAAUCGGAUACCCAUUCGUCAUCUACAGCGGCGGCAAUUACCCCAAGACUUCUCCUAUGGUUGAUGUAUACACCAUACUCAGCAACGAAGGCUACCAAGAGAGCCUAUACAGCUCAUACAUGGGCCUAGUUCCGGACUGGGGCAUCGGCUUCGUCAUCCUCUCCGCAGACACCAAAAAGCCAGCCGAUCUGAACGCACAUGCGGAUUACAUGCAAGAUGCUCUGAAUGGGGUGGUCACUUCGGCGGUCACCCAGGCUGCUGGCAAUUACUGUGGCGCGUAUGCUAGCGCUGGUGGUUCCAACUCGUCUCUUUCUAUUAACUAUACGGAAAGAGUGGGAUGGGGUAUUUACAUCGAGGACUUUACGAGUAAUGGUCAAGAUUAUCGUGAGACUCUGUCGAAGCUUCUCGGUGUCUCCAAUGAGACUGAUCUUAGCAUUCGCUUGUAUCCGACCCAAUUAAGUGAGAAGCACAAGGCUGGCUCGAAGCAGUCGUUCCGGGCUGUUUUUCAGGAUAAGACUGAGUUGGCGGAUAAUGGUACCCCGACUUGCAUUUCGUGGAUGAAUGUGGAUAGGUACCAGUAUAACGGCCAUGGACUAGAUGAGUUCAUAUUCUCUCUGGAUAAUGAGGGCAAGGUUAUUGGCAUCGAGGUGCCUGCGUUGGAAGUGACCCUAGAGAAGCGCAAGUAG